AUGGCACCUCGAGGUCGAAUACAAAACGACUCCAACGAAGCAAAGCGGUGGUUGGUGGUUGGUGCCUUCCAGGCUGGAGCUUCUGAAAGAACAGUGGCACGUAUCUCAGGUCUCUCAUCGACAGCUGUGAGGCAAAUCUACCUUAACUACCGUCAAACCGGCAUCCCCUCAUUACCCAAGCAUUUGUCACGCAAAGUGAGAGAAAAGCUUGUGGUUGAAUACGACGAAGAAGGAAAUCUCUUGGACGAUAGUAGCGAUGAUGAACAAGAAACAAACGAGGUCCCGAAACCCAGCACAAGCAAGAUUGCCCGUCUCCCCUCCACCAAGGACGUCAUUGCCUAUGUGGUCGAUCAAGUACAUCAAUCACCUGUAGUUGAAAACACCAAUGAUAGGAUCCAUGAACGAUCCCCGUCAACAUCCAUUGAAGACCCUGGAACACCCUCCCUUGUUGCUUCUUCACCAUCAUCAUCAACAAGUGGACAUUGGCGACCACUCACACCGCCAAGGGAUUCUAGUAGCGACGAGAAAUCACCUGCAUUGAAGCAACAUGAAUCUUUCUUACCCCCAUCACCUCCUCUCCAUGCGACAACAGCGAUCAACAAUAAGCAAGUCAUCACCAAGUCAAAAUUACCACCUGUACGCAAAUACAACCAAACCAUCCGUGGAUACGAGCGAUGGACCCAUGACGACGAUAAGAUUUUGAUGGAGUAUAUUCUCAAAAGAAUGCGAGGAGACAACUGGUACGCCCUUUCAGCCAAGUUUGGUGGUCGCCAUUCAUCCUCUUGUUGCAAACAACGUUGGGAAUAUCUUCAAAAGCGACUCUUGAAAAACCUCACAAAGACCAACACCACCACCACCACCACCAACAACAACAUUGAUCGCAUGGAAGAGUAA